CGGAGUUCCGGCUUCGGGCUCCGCCGCUGCUCAGGCCGCUGCCGCCGCCGCCGCCGCCGUCGGGGCUCGUCCUGCUAAGAUGGCGCCCCUGGACUUGGACAAGUACGUGGAGAUCGCGCGGCUCUGCAAGUACCUGCCGGAGAACGACUUGAAGCGGCUCUGUGACUAUGUUUGCGACCUCCUCUUGGAAGAGUCAAAUGUUCAGCCAGUGUCAACACCAGUAACAGUGUGCGGAGACAUUCACGGACAGUUUUAUGACCUUUGUGAAUUAUUCAGAACUGGAGGUCAAGUUCCUGACACAAACUACAUAUUUAUGGGUGAUUUUGUAGACAGAGGUUACUACAGUCUGGAGACCUUCACCUACCUUCUUGCUUUAAAGGCUAAAUGGCCUGAUCGUAUUACACUUCUUCGAGGAAAUCAUGAGAGUAGACAGAUAACACAGGUGUAUGGAUUUUAUGAUGAGUGCCAAACCAAAUAUGGAAAUGCUAAUGCCUGGAGAUACUGUACCAAAGUUUUCGACAUGCUCACAGUAGCAGCUUUAAUAGAUGAGCAGAUUUUGUGCGUUCACGGUGGUUUAUCUCCUGAUAUCAAAACACUGGAUCAAAUUCGAACCAUUGAAAGGAAUCAAGAAAUCCCCCACAAAGGAGCAUUUUGUGAUCUGGUUUGGUCAGAUCCUGAAGAUGUGGAUACGUGGGCAAUCAGUCCCCGAGGAGCAGGUUGGCUGUUUGGUGCAAAGGUCACAAAUGAGUUUGUUCAUAUCAACAACUUAAAACUCAUCUGCAGAGCACACCAACUAGUUCACGAAGGCUAUAAAUUUAUGUUUGAUGAGAAGCUGGUAACAGUGUGGUCGGCUCCGAAUUACUGCUAUCGUUGUGGAAAUAUCGCUUCGAUCAUGGUCUUCAAAGAUGUAAAUACAAGAGAACCAAAGUUGUUUCGGGCAGUUCCAGAUUCAGAGCGUGUUAUUCCUCCCAGAACGACGACGCCGUAUUUUCUUUGAGGCCUUCGCCCAUCCUGCUGACCCAUUCUCUGCCCUCUUGCCCAAACUUUCGUGUAUUACCCUCUACAAUAUACUUUUUAUUGAGCACUUUGCUGCUGAAAUGCUGCCUCUUGCCUUUUUUUUUUAAUUUAAAAUUAUCUAAAUUUAUUGUUAUGGUGUCUCUAGCAAUGUUUUUCUAUCUAUAUUUCUCCCCAUCCCAUCCCCAUCUUGGACUCAUUUGAAAAGACUUGAAAGAUGUCUUAAUCCUCACACUGCUGCAUGUAGCUCUUGCUUAUUUACUGAUCUGGGGGAAACAGGAUGCAUUUUCUUUUUUAAAAAAAAGUCAGCUGACCCAACAGAAUACCCCGAAAUAUCGCUCCUUUUGUAUCUCAUUCAGCCUUUCGUUUUAGUUUGGUGAGUUUUACGAGAUUUCAGCAGCAAAGUUGUUAUUCAGUAGGCACGAUGGACUGCAGAUGCCUCGAGUUAUGUAGACCUGUCCCGGCUGUACACUUCAUUGUCCUUUGUUGGAUGAUAUUUUAAAUGGAUUUAAAAUAAAUUGCUCUAAAGGGC